AUGGAGUCUGCCGCGGCCCUCCUCCCGGCCAUGUCCGUCUUUACGGUCUCCCGAAGCUUGAAGAUUUCCACCGGGACCAACGUCCGCCGCAACCACUCCUGCAAUCUCCGCCAGCUCAUCUGGAGGUUACCUAGGGCGUGUCAUCCGCAGAGGCAUUGCAUCCGCAGUGGGUUCUCCUCUUCCUCCUCGGCUGCCAUUUGCUUGGGGAGCGCUGGCAAGAAGCUGCCCAGAGAAUUUUUCUUGUUGUCAUUCGCCGGGAGCAUCAUUUCGGGUUCCCGACGCGGUACAGCACCAGGGCGUCUCCCUCUGGCGUCUCUCUCAAGUUUAUCUGCGGUGCCUUCCGGGUCAGGAGGGGGUGGCGACGGCCUUGGAGUUGGGAACGGAGGGGAAGAUGGCGACGGCGGGUCGAGCGGUGGGGGGACGGAGACGAAGUCCAUCUCCGGAGAGUCUGAAGAUGUGUCGAAUUUGGGGUCCGACGUGAUAAUUCUCGACGUUGGAGUAAGUGAGCUUUCAGUAUCUGUCGGUUUUCGGCGUCUCUGCUGCAUGCUCAUACCUUUUCGUUCUUUCAGGGAAUGUCGUGCGGCGGCUGUGCGGCCAGUGUGAAGCGUAUUUUAGAAAGUCUUGUAAGAAUUCGUCCUCCGUUGACCUUUGCGUAUAAAUUUCUCCCAGGAUCUGAGUUGAUUUUCCAAUUUCUAGUUACUUUUUUUUUAUUUCCCCAUGUGUUCUCAACCUAACGAGGUAUGCAUUCGACAGCCUCAGGUGUCCUCCGCCAACGUGAAUCUUGCAACUGAGACCGCAGUAGUAUGGGCCACAUCUGAAGCCAAGGUUACACGCGAUUGGCAGCAAGAUCUGGGCCAGAAACUUGCUAGCCACUUGACAACCUGUGGAUUCCAGUCUAAUCUUCGAGGUUGGUACCCAUUUAAAUCUGUUUCCUCGUGCCUCUUUACGAUAGCUUAUUGCUCAAAAUAUAUUAUUUUUCUGUUUGAGUGUCAAUUGUAUUUAAAUUUUUCCUUGUAUUAAAAGAGAUGUGCUAAGCUUAGGGAACUAGUUAUUUUCUAAGGUGACAGUUUUGUUUGCCAUUUGUGAUGGAGGUCGGCCAAUGUUUGGAAGAUACUUGAACAUGUGAUUCUGCUCUUGUGACAUUUUUUCUUGCUUUGGUUUAGACAUUUUCGCAGCAUGUGGCAAGAACAUCAGUCUCUCACAUAUCACUUUGAUUCCACUAUUUUUAUGCAUUUAUUCUGUCCUAGUGACGAUACCCCCUUCAAAUGUGUUCUAAACGUGGAAUGAAUAACUGAACUUGUUGAUCAUUGCUAGGUUACGCAUAACCGAAGAAAAACCACUGAAAUUAUAGAAUUGGGUGAACACUGGCUCAGUUAAGCCCAUUUUAUGUCAGUUCUAGGUUCUCGGUUUUCGGUUUAGUUCAAAGCUUUACUUUAAGUUUCACAGAUUUUGUUGUAAUUAAAUUGGGAUAUUUUUCUGUAUAAUGGCAUUCGGUUACUUAUUUUAUAUAAUUAAGGAUGCGUACAUAGUUGUCGUAUGGUGUAUUGAAUAUAAGAUGUAGUAACCUGGUGGAAGUAAUGAGUGGAGCACAAUGAGUGGUUUGGUGGGGAGGAGGGAAAAAUUCUAGGACCAUCAGUUGAUGUAAUUGAGUUAUUUGUAUUUCCUGAGAACUGAUCUGGAACAUUUCAAGCAAGACAUUGUGAGUGAUAUGAGAUCUAAGGAUGACUUUAGAUGAAACUGAAGGAGUAUCUUUAUGGAAUGAGUUGACCUAAUGGAUGCUUCCGUAAUGAACAUCUAGGAGUGGGUAUCUUCUACAAAUGGGAGGUUAAUUUCUCUGCCAUUAAGUACUAGAAUCUUAAGGGGUUCCCACCCCAUUUCGUUCACCUGGAGGAGGAAAAGACAAGAAGAAUAUGCAAAACUGGGUUAAGGCAUCGAUACAUGGUCUAAAAACGAGAAUGUCCCACCAACACGAGAAGGUCCUCACUUGUGUUGUCAGCAAAAUCGGCUCCAGUCUAUAUUUUUCUUCCUCUUUUCCUAUUAUACUUUUUCUCUCUCCUUUCAUUCUUUCCUUGACUGUAGCAAAAUUUGCAGAAAUUUUUGGAAAACGUAGCAAUCAAGUUCAUAAUGUCCGUCUAACUUAGAACACUGAUAACAGUACGAGCAAAGUGAUUUGAUUGCCUAAGGCGUAAGUUUACAGGUGGAUCAAUUUAACCCUGUCAUAAACUGGACAACCAUAUAAAACAUGAAAACUAACAGAAUGGAGUAUGCAUGCUAAAAUUGUCGAUGCAUAUUCUUUAUUGAUUGGAUGAUGAGUUUAGAAAGGUAUCUGAUCUUUAUUGGGAUCAGAUACCUUUCUAAACCUUAGUGGAUAUAGUUGAAUUUGAAAAAUGAAAACUUGUCUAACCAGAGAAUUUCCUGUUUGACUGUAAUAAUUUUUAUUUAUUUUAAGUACAGUUAAAUUUACCUUAAAAAGCUAAAAAAUGUGGUCCGCGCAUAUAUAUCUGCUUAAUCCAAUCUGAUUUGCACUCUGAUGAAUCUUUUUGGGCUUUAUGUCACCUAGACUAAUCCACUUGUAAAAUCUAGUUUAUCCUAAACUAAUCCAUUUUUAUGCAUUUGCGUUUAUCCUGGGUUGUUUGGUUAAAUAUCAUAGUUCAGUUUCUGAAUAAGUUUGUCCAGUUGUUUUUGGAUGCCAGAUCCCUGGCAAGUUUUUGCAAUGCUUUGUCAAUUCCUCUUAAUUAGUUUGUGGACAGUCUUUGGGACCUUGACCAUCAAAUUUGCGUCUAUAACCACAGGCAUAUUAUGCGUUUGUUUGCCUGGUCAUGACUUUCUACUGGGAGUCAGUAUUUUUUAUGGUGAACAUACGAGGUGCACUCAUAUGUUGAUUGAGUGGACCAUUGCCUGUGAAUUGUAGCCUCCAUUAGUUUCUGAAAUUUUUAAAAAGGGGAUCCGAUAUGCAAAAUCUUGUACUCCUUAGAUAGGGCAUGAACAUUGGCAACUAUGUCAACCCACGAGGAGAACAUGUUGACGUUUCUCUUUGAUAUGUUGAAGAUUUGGUACUUAAUCGCAGGUAGGAAACAUACAGUUGAAGGAGAUAUUCAAUCUUAAGUAUGCAAGAGUGCAGCUGAAAUACUGGUUCUUCAAAGGAAUAAUUGGUAAGACUUUGAUAUUUGAGGUGUUUCACUCUGAGACGAAUAUUUUUGAACUCCAUUUUCUUGGGGCCACUAUUCAGAUGAAGUAAUGGAUCUGUCUCUGUCCAUAGGUGAUCUCCAAUGCUGCAGCGGGUGGUUCAAGAGAAGGCAUCUUGGAACGUUUCCUUUGUUAUCUUUUUUCUGUCUGAGGUCUCCUGGAAGGAGUAACAGUUAGUCAGUAUUUGACUCAUCAAUGUAACUUGACAGUUUUCACUGUCCCAAGUUCAUAUUAAUUAUUAUUGUAACUUGUAAUCACAGAAUCUUGAUGUAUCUUGAAUCCAUAAAUAUUAUCUAUUGGAGUAUUGAAUUGAAGUUGCAAUCCCUGGAUUUCACUGACAUGAGGUUCAUUGGAUAGAAUAUGGCAAUGCAAUGGCCAUGGUCUGGUUACCUAUGCACCAAGGGAACAUUGGUGACAACUGUUGGUAUUAAUUGCACUAACAUUCAUAGAAUGGAUGUUUUGUACUGACCAGGUUGCUUAAUGUCAAUAACCUUCAGAACAAUGGUACAAUGCAUUUUUGUCUGAGAUCUCCACUUAGCCCAACCAUAGAUUGCUUAGUAGAUUUAUGUAUGCUGCUUCGACGUCAAUGUGUCUCAACUGUUUACAUUUCUUUACCUUGUGGAAUAAUAUUAUUGUUUUUUUAUUUUAUUAUUCUAAUGUAACGAGCCUGAUUUUAUUUCAGUAAAGAUAUAUUGUUGAUGUAUUUGGCAUUCUUUAGAUUGUAUCAAUUGUAAAAUCAGGCAUGCCUGAACUGUAUGUUUUAAUUCAUGAUAGUCUAUCUAAGAUGUAGAAACAUAAAUAAGAAAGGUAGUUGUCUAGAAUCUUAGACAUUGCAUCAUUAUAAUUUCACUUGAUGGUUAUUAAAAAUGUGGCAUUUUUUCCUUAUAAAGUUUCUAAUAGUUAGGCUUGAUAAUUGUAGAUUCCUCAAGAAAAGACUUAUACAGGAUUUUUGAAAAGAAGAUGGAUGAAAAGCUGGUGCGUCUAAAAGAAAGUGGUAUGGUCUAUUUUUAUUUUCCUCUCAAACUGAGUUUAGCCUAUUAUCUCGUAUGUUUGUAUUUAAUGCUUGUUAUACUAUUCCUUGGCCAAAAGCUGACUGAAGUCUUGUGCAUUACUGAUUUUGUUGUCAUCUAUCGGAUUUCUUAUUUCCUGAUUCAUUUAUCUUUGAAAAAAAUUAUGGUGCAUUGUCUGACAUUACAACUGUUUGUAUCUUCAAACAGGUCGAGGACUUGUUGUCUCAUGGACAUUAUGUGCUGUUUGCCUUUUGGGUCAUACUGCGCAUUUAUUUCAGGCGAAUGCACCAUCAUGGUUACAUGCAUUGCAUUCAACUGGUUUCCAUUUGUCACUUUCCUUUCUUACGUUAAUUGGUCCAGGUCGUCAGCUUAUCCUAGAUGGGAUAAGAAGCCUUUUCAAGGGUUCUCCAAAUAUGAACACUUUAGUUGGCCUGGGAGCUUUAUCAUCUUUUGCUGUUAGUUCAGUGGCCGCUUUUGUACCUAAACUGGUAAAUAGAUACUCUUAUCCCCAUAAAGUAUGAUUAUUGAAUUAUGCUACUCUGAUAUGACAUGAAAUAUUGUAGUUUGGUUUGUGUUUAUCCAUCUUUGCGAAUGUAAUUUUUUCCAUCACGUCAUUAAUUCUAAUAUGUGACCUAUAACACGAAAACAUUGUGUUGAAUGAUCAUAGGGAUAAAAUGAGACCUGGCUUGUGAAGGAAUUUGAAAGCAAAAUGUUAAAGAGCAUAUUUAUUGUUUCCAGAACAGAAGAAUGUUGUUUUAUCAUGUUUUAUAUUAAACAAAGUCAUCAACGUGAUCUGCUGAAAUUACCCUAGUUUGUCCAAUGAUUGCUAUUCCAUGGGAUUAUCCAUGUCUAGAGGAAAAGAUAAACUCUUGCGAACAUUCACUUUAUUAUCCUGAGUAGUUGGAAUAAAUCUCACAAUGUACUUUAAUAUGAAGGAACAUUGUUUUUCGUAUUUUCCUUUGUUCUAGUUUGGGCCAUGAAAUGGAUAUUUUUCUUCUGUGGAAUGGAGUUUUGUGGGUAGAGAGUAAGCAUCCUUGGGACAAAGGUUCAAUGAGCCAUCUAAGAAUGGAUAAAAGUAGUGAUGAUCAUCUAGUUUGGCAGUUUUCUUCUUGGAAGUACCAUGAAUUUGUAAAAGUGUUCUUUGCUGGGAAACUGGGCUGAGCCACUUGGUUUUCUUCCGAUUUUUCCACCUGAAACUAGUUCUUUGAGUUUCUGACACUACAGUUAUUUUAAUUAAUUGGGAACUUUUUGUGGCGGGAGAGGAAAUACAGAAUGAUUAGUCUUCUAGUUGGGAAGAAGGUAGGUUUGGCAUUGUAUCAGAUCUCUAUGAUGGUGGCAAAUUGACAAAAGUUUUACAGCUGAUGAUGGAAGAGAGAAUCCGAUAAUAACUUCUUCCCAACAUGGAGCUUAGUAAACCAAGGAAAAAUGGGGUUGGAGAAUACCUGAUGACCACACUUUAGUAAAUGGACAUCGCCAAGAGCGAGAAUCUGGGAGAGGACUAGAUAGACUGAAAAUGGAUUUAAACGAUUAUAAAUUGGAAACCAAUUUAAUGCAAGUAGUUUCAGGAUGGUGGCCGACAGGAUUCUAAGUGAGUUAACCAUGUUGGUAAAUAUAUUUCGUCAGAGAUCAGUUAUUAUAAAAUUAGUUGUCAAUAGUGUAACUGAGAGGCGUGAAUUAUAACUCCAUACUGUAUAUCAAUGUCUGAUGAGAAAGAUCCGAUGGUAGCCCACAGAGAGCCAAUUAGCGCUUAGGUACCAUGACUUGUCUUUCUGAACAGUGUUAAGAUAUAGCAUAUGAGAAUAUGCCUGGGUUCAUGCAGCCACUUAUGAAUGAUUAAAAUGCACUAAAUUCUUGAUAAGAUGCAUAAUUGUUUCAUGAUAGCUACAAAUACCUUGUGAGGAAUUCAGCUGGUAAAUGCUCGAUAGUUGAGCUCAUCUUGAAACAUAAAAUAAGAGGUUCUUUUUAAAGGAGCAUUCGUUAAUUUUUAGGUGUGGGUCAAAUAAGGAAGUGAUAAUUUUUCUAUUUACAAGCGUGAUUUGUAAGUAUGCCCAACUCACCCCAGCUCAUGCAGCCUGGCUUGUUUUUUCAGGUUUCAGAGUCCUUUCUGUAUCCGUAUCCUCUGAGUAGACCAUCCCAUCGUUGGUUAAGCCCAAAAGUCCUUUUUGUUUAGGAACUGGGUCAACGAGUGUUGACACUUUAUUUUUUAACCUGUUAUGACAUAUCAAACAGACCAGUGGUACAACCUGAGCCUUCUGGAUGAUCAUGAGCAGGCUCUGUGCUUGAAAGAGGGAAGUGACAUAUGUGGCCAAAGAAGCAACAUCUUCAUUUUUUUUCUUCUUCUCCCUCUUUUCCCCCCUUUUUCUCUGUAGUUUACUCCUGUUCUUAUAUUCAAAAUGUGCAGCAAUAUGCCUAUCAAUAUCUCCUGGAUGUGGUUUUUUUUCACCCCGUUCCUAUUCUCUGUUUUCAUCCAGUUUCAAUAGUUUCUCUGCUCAAACAGUCUUUGUUUCAGUACCUUGGAAUCUAGAUGAGAUAGGGCUGCGUUUGAACAGGUUUCUGGGGAAAAAAUGCAGAAGUGGAAGAACAAGAAGAGCAACGAUAGAAUAAAUUUUUCAAAAACAUAACCCCCUGUAGAUCGGCACCAGAGAGUGCUGCUGAAAUACAUCCUGGGGAAGUGGUGAGUGGUGCCGGCAGGUACGACUGCAGCAACGGACCCUAGAGGACAGUGGCGGGCAGUGCUGAGAGAAGAUCCCUUGAUAAUUGGAAACGGUAAUGGAGAGCCAUUAACCCUCGUCUCAAAAGAUAUAACUGGCCUAAAGAUCCCUAGAAACGAGGGCUUUUGGUCUUUUGAUGGGCCCCACUUUUCUGGAAGGGGAAGAACCAAUACAUGAUCUCUUGUGAGAAGCGUUACCUAACUGAUUCGGGCCCCUCUGGCAAUCUAUAACUAGAAAGAUCUGCUCUACACUCCCUGCAAUUCUUCAAGGGCCUAGACAUUUUAAGAAGCUGAGAAUAUAGAGAAUUGCAAAAGAACAGAGGAUAUUUCUCGAAUAAGGAAACUUGAGUCUCAAUGCCCAUCAGACAAAUUCCUACGUGGUCCAAGCACCAAUUGGAUAAAUUAGUGACCAAUUCUGCACAAGCUUUCUUGUUGACCAGUUCCUAUUGUUGUUAGAAGCAGAGGACGAACCAUUUGAAGGAUACUGCAUCAGAUUUGCUUGAGUCUUAGAAGCCCCUUUCAAAGUUUACAUGUCAGGGUAUAAUAGAACUAUGACAAUAACGCCUGUUUUGUAUGCUAUAAUAGAAUAGCCCCAAUAUCUCAUGUACACGACUUAUUGUGUGAUACGUCCUCCAAAUCAUUAUUUGGGUACUCUACGGUACUUAAAUAGUGCUCAGGUUGAUUCAGAACGGCAAUUCUUUGCGACUGUCGAGGGUUUAGUUUUGUUUUCUAUCCCACCUAUUGCACUUUGACUCCUCUCUCCAUCACCUUCUAUUAUCUACUGUCUCACAACAUUCCUCUAUUUUUUGGCCCCUCUUUCCUCCACAAAUCAGGCUUCCUAUUCUACGACUCCGUUCAAAUAGAAAGGUCGAUUUCUAUGAUUGUAAAGUGUAAAGUGAAUGAAUAGUUAUCUGCAGGGAUUUCACGAAUGGAUGCUUUUGCUAUUUCAAAAAUGGAGGAUCCACUAUUCUUAUUCAUGAAAGUUAAGGGCCAUUGAUUUUAUUUCAUAAAUGAAAGUAAAAUUCACGAAUUUCUUCUAUCCUAUUUUUUUGUUUCCCUCUUUCUUUUUGAAGAUUCACAUUUCUAUUUUUCAAAGUUUUCAAUUCAUGUAAUCAUUAUUGAAUUAAGUUCGACUUGUCACAGGGCUGGAAGGUAUUCUUUGAGGAGCCAAUUAUGUUAAUAGCCUUUGUCUUGUUGGGAAAGAAUCUUGAACAGAGAGCAAAACUAAAAGCUACAAGCGACAUGACUGGCCUAAUGAAUAUUCUGCCAACUACAGCUCGACUUAUGGUUGAUGGUGAUGUUGAAGAGUUGACUUCAAUUGUUGAAGUUCCUUGCGGUAGCCUUUCUGUUGGAGAUCGUAUUGUUGUUUUUCCAGGAGUGAGCAAUUUCAAGCAUUCUUUCACAAUGUAUUUUUUAUAUUUUUCUCAUAGAAAUACGACAUCACAUGCUACUUCUUUCUUUCAAUGCUACAAGAAGUUGUUUGAGAAUUCCUUUUUUUUUCUUGAUUCUCAUAUUGACUGGAAACUUUGUGUCUGAAAUGUAUUUGUCUCUAAUUCAAUGAAAAGGAAUGGUUUUUGAAUCCCAGUAUGUAUAACAUCUUGUCUGAGGAAGAUUGCUGGCAAUUAGUGGGAAGUGGAUAAGAGAAUAGAAGGGACUAUGCAUGAUCCGUUUAUGUUCUGAGAAGCUGCUAUUAUUCACCUGUCAUUGCAUUAUAGAUCACGUCGGUUUUACGAACUAAGGAUUGGCGGUUGUCUUUUUUUCGUCCCUGAGAAUAUCUAUCUAUUGUAUAGGACCGUGUUCCUGUUGAUGGUACUGUCAAAACUGGAAGAAGCACAGUUGAUGAAUCAAGCUUCACUGGGGAGCCACUUCCAGUGACAAAGCUUCCUGGGGUAAAUUUCUGUCAUGAUUCUUGUGGAAGUGUUGUUUCUUGAAUGGGAAAUUUUUGGCUUCACGUGCCUUAACUUUCUUAAAACUUACUACAGUGAAAACUUGAUUUUGUUAGUCAUCAUUUUAUUUUUACUUCCAUGAACUUUCCAUUGUUUUUUGAGAAUUUUAUGGGACUUUCCAAGUCUGAAGUGACAGCUGGAAGUAUCAACUUGAAUGGCACUCUUACUAUCGAAAUCCAAAGGCCUGGCGGCGAAACUGUUAUGGGAGACAUUAUUAGAAUGGUGGAAGAAGCACAGUCCAGAGAAGCUCCUGUUCAGCGUCUGGCUGACGAGGUAAUAAUUGUGGAUCUAUUCUAGGACAUACUUGAGGAUUUUAUUUCAAAAAUGCAAGGUAUAGCUUGCUUCUAAUAUUUGUCCGUACUACCGUGCUAUCUAAUAUUUGGUUCAUUGUAGAUUACGUCUUAAUGUAGAAUACGAGGAUUUCGUACACAAGUGAAAGACCUGACUGAAAGAACUAAAAAUCGUGGUCGGAAAGGUUAUAGCGGCACAAACCAUUGGAACUUAUAUUUUCUAUAAUGGAAUAAUUGAUGUUUUAUUAAUUGAAACGGGGGAAAAGAAUUGAAGGCUAAAUAUUUGCAUUCUGGUUUGGAUGGAACAGUUUCUUUUGUUUUGGUAGACCCAGUGACACAUUCAUCACACCCCUUCAUUUUUUGUUUAACCGAAGAAGGCCCUUUUAGUUUCUUUAAUUCAAUUAAUGCUUUCCGUUGAUCAACAAUAAGUCUUGGCUGAUUCUCAUUUUAUUUCCUAUGGACGUGUUUGCUGGAUAAGGCAAGGCCUUUGACGCUUCUUUUUGCGCCCCCCCCCAUCCGGAAUCAAAAAGGGUACUUACUACCCCAGAAUGCUGAAAAGGGUGGGGGGAGAAGCAAGCUGGACCUCUGAUCAACCCAGAAACAAAUAAUUCUCAGCGUCACCCCCAUGAUUUGCUUGUCCAAGGCAGUAUGCCUUGCCCGGAUCAGUAGAUUACCUCAUAGCCUAUAAUACAAGUAUUGCCAUUGUGAAACUGCUUAUGGGGCCAGCGUCCAGUUGUUCCAGUUCACAUUUCGUCCUGGAAAUACCUUGUUCUCAUGUAUGCUCAUCCCAAGAAGUUCCUUGAUUAGCCGACUGGGAUGGAACAAUGGUUUAUCCUGAUUAAAAUUGUUCUCCACUUUACACUUCAGAAUUUCGGAGCUCUGAUCCCAAAACCUGUCGAUCUAGAUUGGGAAUCACUCUUUAUCCAGUUUGGACUUGCUGAAAGGUCACAACAGACUUUGACACCCAUGGUUCUGCCACAAAUUGAUGUCAAUACUUACCAAGUGCUUGAUUUUCUCAUGAGAACUAAAAUUCAUUCUUUUAACCGUGGAACUGAAAGGACCACUAAAAGAUAGGAACCGGACCCUACCAAGCCCUUCCUAUUUAAAGGAGAAAGGAAAAUAAGAAAAAUGGGUUCUAUGAACGCUUCAGCUUUAGUUGGGUGCCAAAAACUUUGCUUGUCCCGUGUGAUGAUCACUAUUGUUCAAAUUACAUAAAGUUCUGUUUUCAAAUUACAUAAAAGUAUGGUGUCAUUGGUUUUUAUUGAGUGCUAUAAAUAAUUGUUUUCUCAUCAUUUUAAUGGUUUGACAAUGCUUACUAUAGUCCAUCAGAGGGUAAUGUAGCUCUUGGAAUGCAGGUUUGUUUUCUUAUUGUGUUUGAGUCAUCAAAGAUGACCGUACAACUUCUGAGCUUGGAUGUAAUUACUGUAAUAUUUAUAAUUCGUAAAUUGUGGUUGCAGAUUUCUGGGCAUUUUACUUAUGGUGUUAUGGCAUUCUCUGCUGCUACAUUUAUGUUCUGGAAUUUGCUUGGGCCUCAUCUUGUACCAGCUGCUCUGCAACAAGGAAGUCCAAUAUCAUUAGCAUUACAGCUCUCCUGCAGUGUCUUGGUAUAUUCUUUACUGUCUUCAGAACACAACUAAGUGACUUUCUUUAUAUUUCUCUUACUAAUCCCCCAUUUUUCUAAUCCAUCAUUGUCGUAAAUUCAUGCACAUAAUUGGAACGAUGAAGUCACGUGCGUAAUAGUGACUGUUGCCAAUAAACUAAUAUAAUGCGCAAGUCAACGAGUGAUUGUUCACCUAUCAUGCUUGAUAAACCCCAGAUAGAGAAUCAAUUCGAUGCAGCCUCUGACAUAUAAGAGGAUUCAAGAUGAUUGUUGCUUGGCAGGGCAUUUUUCCACUCUUCUAAAGAAGAAAAACAGCACCCAAGCUAUUUCACACAUCUCUGAUAAUACAUAUCGAGUACCAUUUUGUGCUAUUAGAAGUACUGAGCAUGUGUUAUGUUAUGUUUCAAUGCAUCCACCAGUGUAUUUGAUUUUCAAGUAAGGUUUUCUUUCUCGAUGAGUUCCAUAAGGUAUGAAGUCUUCGUCCUGUUUGGUAAAAAGGACCCGUUCAGUGAGAUUCGUUUGUUAGGAAAAUUAUUCCUAAUUUAAAUUCUAAAUGAUGGGUUGUUCUCAUCUUCUCAUAAAAGAGGAAAUGUCCAUUGCUUUUAUUUUAUUUUUCAUAUUUAAAUAUUGAGAAAAAGAAGGCCAUAGAGUGAAACAACCGGUCAUCUAAAAUUUUUACUAGUAGAAGUCUGCCUGCAAAAUAAAUCUCACUUCUUGAUAGAAUUGCUCUCUUUCUAGUUAGGCUUUUUUUUGUACACAUCAUUGUUGCUUAAUCUUCUUCCAUCUUGUGAGGGUAGUCUGAGAAGAGUUCAUUGAUUUAGUGCUUGACCUUAGGCAUGCAUCCCUGACGUCAGUCUUAUUUAUGGAAGAAAAAAAGUGCCCGCAUCUUGGCUGUUUAGUUCUUCCAUGAAACCUGUGAUGAAACUUGUGUUAGGUUCUCAAAUGUCAUGGACAAAGGAUAACCUAGUUUCCAAAAGAAGGCAAGUGGAUAGCGAGAUCUGUAUUUUUCUAUUUAAAUGCUGAAUGAAAAAUACGAUAUUUUAUUGGUUUUAUCUAAAGUUACAAAGGGGGAGCUUCCAAGGUGGUCAGUAUUUUUUUAAUGCAACUGAGCCACUUGUCUCUUCCAACAAUUAAAUACAUUUUCCCCUCACUAGAACAUUAGGGUUUAGUGAUUGGGUUUAAAGAGAAUGUGUCUCCUGUAAGAUGAUAGCUUUCUUUUCUCUGUCAAAAUCCAUAGUGCUAAAAUGGUGGAGGAGCCCAUUGGCUCUUUUAAAAUUUAUACAGACGUAAACGAGGUUGUAGAAUGUGGUCAUUUAUGAGAAUGAGAUUUUGGCUAUUCAGAUCCUGCAAUCUCAAGGUUGAGCAGUUCUAUGAGUUCCCAUUUUAAUAUAUUUGAUCUGUUUAAUACAGUAUGAUUUAUGGCAUAGCUAUAAUAUGAUUUGUAUGAUUUCUAAUCUCCUAUGCUCAAUUUGUAACACCCUUGAUGACUUAUUACCAUCUGUGACGAAUUCACAUGAUUUUUUUUGCAAUGUAUUUCGUUUAGAUGAUCACAUGACUAUGAUAGUAAGAAUUAUCAACUAUGAUUAUUACUGUGUUUUGAAUAUCCCAAUGUCAUUACGUGGUUAUGAUUCAAUGCACAUUUUUUGCUUUGUUCUGAUCGAUGAACUCAAUGGAAUUUAUGAUUUCAUCGGAAAGACUCAUGCCCUAACUUUGUUGGUUGAUAGGAAUGGUAUUUAUUUACUUUGUGUGCCAGUGCAGGACUUGAUAUUCAUCAUUUGUGCAAUUAAUGUUUCUGUUUUAUGGAAUCCAACUUAAGUCGCUAUAAUUCGUAAAUGUAUGACCAUGUAAAACCUGGAACUAUUAUGUAUACUAAAUGUAGAGGCGCCAAAUCAGGGUGGACAAGAUGAUAUUUCAGACAUCAUGUGCAUUAACAAUCAUCAAAAUUUGUAUGACAUCUUGCAACACAUGACGCUAUGCUCUUUUUUAUUUACAGUGGGAGUAGAUGAUAAUGCAUCUAGGUGGUUGCAGCCUGUGUCUGUUGCCGUACCAUAAUCAUAUUAGCACUUCGGAAAGUAUAUUAUGGCAUUCCUAAUAUACAUCCUUGGCUGGUUAGAACAGAAAGCGGAUCGCUCACAUGAUUACACUUCCUGACUCACUUCUGCACUAAUAAGUGGUCCAAGUAAACUUAGCAUAUGACCUCCAAUUUUAUCUCCUAAAUUGGAAGUCUAUAGAUUGUUCAAAUCUUUGAAAUACGUUUGAUUAUCAUCAGUCACAACCCUUUUAGGAUUAUUAUCGAUAAAUGAUCAAAAGAAGGUCUGCCUGUAAUUGUCAACAAUUUAGUUAACAAUAAGAGCAUAUAUUGUUACGGAAAAUUACUGCAAAACCCACCCCGCUCAUGUCUUGCAAUAAGUGACACUUGCAUUAUAAGCAUCUGUAGGUAUCGAAAAAUACUUUGCACAACUAGGUAUUGUAAGUUUCAAUGUUCUCUGGAGAUGAUUUCUUGAAUUUUUUAUAAUCUCUCCUAUGUGAUAAUGUUUUAAAAGCAUAAAGUGAUCUGUUGUAGAUUGAGCAUGCUUGUCGUUGUGCUGGCUUCAGAAGAGAAAGGAGAGACAGAGAAACCAUUUAUUAUAGGACAGUUGACAGAUUUGCCUUAUUCACUGCUGGGCAGUGAACAUUCUGUGAUUUUUUAAACCAAAUCUUGCUAAUGACUCAGUUAACUUUUUACUACUAUUGAAUUCAUAAAGGAGAUAUCCAAGUGAUUGAAACUCCUGGUUUUUUAAUUUUAGAUGCCCCCCACUUUUCCCAACAUGACUCAAUUCUAAACGUGGAAUAUCAAGCAAACCACAAGCAUUGUCUGGUGUGAUUCAAAUGCUUAAGGCUCGUUUUUUAUUAAAUUUUUUAAUACCUUUUCAAUGUUACCUUUGUGCAGUAAUAUUAACUUCAUUUCACUGAAAUGAGAAUAUCAAAAUUCUGAUCCACUUACCUGCCCUACCUUUGAUUGUCAAAAUCAUCUACAGGUUGUUGCUUGUCCAUGUGCACUCGGCUUGGCAACCCCUACUGCUGUUAUGGUACUAUUUCAAAUUUCAACUCUAUUUUAAUGGGAGUUAACUACUACUCGUGAGAAAUUUAAGAUGAUGGUGUUAUACUAAUUCUGAUCAGGUUGGAACUUCAAUAGGAGCUACGAGAGGGCUCCUUAUUCGUGGUGGGAAUGUCUUGGAGAAUUUUGCUGGAGUCGAUACAAUUGUAUUUGAUAAAACAGGAACCCUGACAAAUGGGAAACCAAUGGUGACCAAAGUGUUGACCUUCGAAAGUGAGGGUAGUGAAAAUACGGGGUAAGUUUGGCUUAGGCUUUUUUGUUUCUGAAAUAGUUGAUUGUUUUUCAUUGGAUUAGUGACGACAGUCUAGCUCACACUAACUUAAUUCAGGGUUUGCCUUUUACUUAGUUGUUUUCUUGCAUGAGUUAGAUUAAUGCUCAGAUUAAUGUUUAGUGAGUUUCAGGGGUGUGUAAGGCUCGAUCUUGAUGGUCAAAGGUAGGUUCUCAUGUUUCUUUCGAGAUUUUUUAUCUAGGUUCUUUUCUAUAUGGUAUCUCCUAAUGGGUAACUUCGAAAUCUAAUACACGGAAUAGUGAAUUAUGGUAAACAAAUUAGAGAAGUAGAAAUGAGAAGAAAAAAGAGCCUGGGAUGGAUGUGAACUGGAAAAAAAUUAGGGGAUACUUCAUAAAUACUACCUAGAUACAGAAAUCAAGAAUGCCAUGGAUUUAAUGGGUAUUGGCUGAGAUAUUUGAUCUCAGUAGCCCAAUAACUUAAACCCCAAUGAAAAUAAAAUGUUUUUACAACGCUCCCUUUUAAGCUAAACAUUUAUAUUUUUUAUCUUCAACUUAGUUGAAUUCUCUAGGUCUUUAGAUGUUCCUUGGUGAAAACAUCAGCAACCUGAUUUUAAGACUGAACAUAUGGCACGCAAAGUUCUGCAGAAUUUAAUUUCUUCCCUGAUGAAUGCUAGUCAUCAUAGUGUGCUUUUUCCUGAGAUCUUAAUGGGGUUAUUUGCGAUAUUUACUGCUGUCUUGCUGUCACAAUAUGAAUGUCGAAAGACUUAACAGUAGUACAGAUUGGCAUAUGAUGGGACUUGUUCAGGUUCCUUAAGGGCCCUACAUCUUCUUGAGAAUAAUCUUAACAUAUGAGGACAAUUACAUUCCUUCUCUUAGAGUAAGCCAGCAUUUAUUCAUCAUCAAACACAGCAAAUAGCACUUUGAUUACGAGCUUUUCUAUCGAGUUUAAGGAGACAAUAAUGUCCCCUCAUGGAGCAGAAGUAACAUCUUAAGGAUCUAGUUUUUUCUAGUUUAAGGAUGAAGACACUUGUACCUCUUUUUUCUGGAUGACUGGCCAAGGUACCUUUGAAGGCAUGAGGGUUCGAUUUUGACGAGCCAGGUUGAGUAUAGAUUGUAAAACAAAGGCAUCCAAAUACUUUUGAUGAUGGAGGUAAUAAUUUUUGGCCCAGAAGAGAAAGAGUGUAUGUGUGGGGGCAAGUUCUCUAAGACCCUAUAUAGCAUUUUAUUCGUAACCUAGCUGUUGUGGGUAAAGUUUUAACGUAAACAUCUGUGGUCGAUGUUGUUGAAGUAAUUAUGCUCCAAUGAUCUCUACAAGGUCAAAAUUCUUCCUUUCAACUUUCCAUUUUAUCUAGUGUACAGACAAACGAUGAUCCAUGUUGUAUUUCUUUAUCUUAAAAAAUGAUAUGUAAUUUUAUGUCCGAUUACUUGACAUUAUCUAGUCAGGGCCUCACAACCCUUUUUUCUGAACUAAGUUUCUAUCAUUUUGUAGAGUAAAUGAAUAUAAUGUGGGCAGCUUCUUGAGCUUUCAUUAGAUAGAUCCAAAUAAAAUGUAUGUACUUACCAGUCAAACUUGUAAAAUGAUAACUUUCCGUAAAGUGUUUCUAAACAUCAGAAUGAACAAGAUCUGAAAAGAAUAAACUCUUCUACUAUUUGAGCUAGAAAAUGAACCUAUACAUUAUUUUGCCUCUUUACAUAUACGAAACUGGAGAAACUCGACUCAGAUUGAAGUAUAGAAAACAAAAACAAAAUUAGGCAAACGAUAAAUGACCAAAGGGUAGUAUGAGACAUCAUAAUUAUGAAUCCUUCAGCAAUAAGUGCUUAUUAUCCGUUCUUGAAUUUAUCAGGCUUCACUUAAGAUUAUUUUACCUCAAUUUUUUUUUAAUGAUUGUAGUGAUUACAAUAUAUUUUUUCUUUCCUUUCUCACUCUGUUCUCCUUUUCCCUCCUAUAGGAGAAGUUGGGGAUAGACCUUAAUUGCCCAGCUGACUCCACCAAGUGCUAACAUGGGGAUGACUCCAUGGUUUAGUGGAUAGCCUCAUUCUUCUCCUCUGGGCUAAGAACUUUAAAAAGCACAUGUUCUAAUGAAGGUAGAUAUGUAAAGUAUAUUGCAGCUGGGCAAACUCUGCAGUCCAAACUCUAGAUUCAAACUAGGAAGGAACUUGAAUUUUCUAUUCUAAAUAUAUUGUAGCUGUCACUUUUGAUCAGCUGCAACUAUGUGGGAUAAUAAUUUGAAGGUUGCUUUAUCGUUAUUUGAUGAAUCCCACUAGUCAAAUGAUAAGUUCCAGAUGCAUCAUCUUAAUGUACAUUUUUUCUAGUAGCGUUCAUACUUUUCUAGUUAUCGGUUUUCCUAAUACGGGGAAUUGAUUUGCGAUCCAGACUAAACUGAGGAUCCACGACAUAAUCAUUAUGUUAUCAAGUUUCUACACACCAUAUUUGGACCAUUUUCCACCAGGGCCUUCAGUUUUCCAUUAAUAUAGUCACUUAAUACGCCUUUUAAUUUAGAUCCUGGGGGUACUUGGCUGCACUGUAUUAUUCCUUCCAUCAACUUUACAGAAGUCAUAGAAAGGGUAAACAUCAUGAAGGCCCUGUAGUUCCUUCAUGAGCUGCCUUUACAAUGCCGGGACAACAUUCUCCAGAAGUGACUCUGAGGGCGUUUCAUUGCAGGAAGGAGGUAAAUGUCGGAUGAAAAUAAGCCAAAUGGGGCCUUCAUAAGGUCGACUCAAAGCCCUUCAACUCAACAGAGUGUGGGCUGAAACCACCAGACCAAUGGCAUCAUAACUUAAUCAGCUAACCUAUUAUUCCCUUCCAUUCAGCUUCUACUCUUAAUUUGGAAUAUAUUGUUUAUUUCGUUCUUCCCUAGCCUAGAUUUAUUCAUUAGAAACUGUUGACAAUUGAUCUUGAUUGAGAUUCGUGCAACUUGGAGAAUGAAAGGAGUUGAUCUUGACGAUCCUCCUCUUCCAGGAAAAUGAACCAGUCACCACUUCUUGGAGCAGGGUUUCUGCAAUCCAAAAUGAAUCCGUCAAUUAUCAUGGUUUCCCGCUUAAAUAUGGGUUACAUGAGUUAAUGGGCCAGGCCUAUUCCAUUAGUCUUCAAGUGGAUCCGUUAACAGUCUAAUGGAUCCACUUAACAAAGGGCAUGACGGGAAAGGACAAAAAUACAAUAAAAAGAAACAGGUAGAAAGGAAAACAAUCUUAGAAAGAGUUCAACACCCCCCCUCUCAAGUUGGGUAUGGAUGUUUCCCAUGCCCAACUUGGACACCAUCUUUUGAAAUACUGGUCUUGUGAGUCCCUUUGUCAAUAUGUCAGCAAUCUGUUAUGAUGUCCCAACAUAUACUAGAUCUACAUCUUCAGUUUCUACUUUUUUUUCAUAAAAUGUCGAUCAACCUCAAUGUGUUUAGUCAUGUUGUACAGGAUUUCGAGCAAUAGCCAUUUCUAACUAGUUGUCGCAAAACAGUUUCAUAUGAUUUGAUUGGUUGAUUCUUAGUUCAUCUAGCAGACCUCGAAUCCAUAAACCUUCACAUAUCCCUUGGGUCAAUGCCCUGAAUUCUGCUUCAGCACUAGAUCGUGUGACUACUUGUUGCUUCUUGCUUCUCCAGAUCACAAGAUUUCCACAAACAAGUGUAUAAGAUAAUGUUAUUUGCAGGCUGUAUCUAAUAAGUGUCCAAUUUACUCUUCCUCCAGGUUACAUAUUUAAUUGUGCAAAUAACAUUACAAGUGCAAAUAACAUUCUUCCUCCAAAGUUCCGUGAAGAAAUGCAUUUUUCACAUCAAACUGAUGCAUUUCCCAUCUUAGAUUUACUACCAAUGCUAUGAGUUUUUGGAUAGUAUUCAACUUUGUAAUAGGAGCAAACGUCUCGAUUUCAUAAGAUUGUGAAUAACCUUUAGCCACCAACCUUACUUGUAUUUUUCCAAUGUUCCAUCAGUUUUAUACUUCAGCGUAUACACCCACUUAUAGCCAACCAACUUUUUUUCUGAAGGUAAAGGGGCUAAGUCUCAUGUACGAUUCUUCUCUAGUGCUUCAAUCUCUUCAUCCAUGGCAUGACUCCAUUCGUUGUGUGACAGGGCUUCUUCUACUGUUUUAGGGAUAAUAAUUGUCUUCAAGUUCAUAAGAAAAGCUUUAUAUGAUGGUGUUAACCUAUCAUAUGAUAAGUAGUUGACCAUAGGAUAGAGUAGUUUCCUUAUACAACUUCUCUUCCCUUUGCAUAAAGCAAUGGACCAAUCUAGUUGCUCAUCAUCAUUGGUUUCAGUGAACUAGUGGUCCUCUUCUUGGUUGGCAUUAUCAAUAUGAGAUGUCUCUUAUACUUGGACUAGUUUCUCCUAUUGAUUUUUUCUCUGCAGUGUAGGUAAAUCAUUCAUUUCUACUAGCAUCUCUACUCUAGGUCGUCUCUUGUAUACUUUUACUUCUUUGAUUCUAGGAAUGGGUGUCUUUUGGAUCAUGAAUUCAUUUAUGUCCUAUAACUCAGUAUCAACGAUUGAGUUCUCUGUCUCUUGUGGAUUUCUCACCCCAUAAUAUGACUCCAACUCAUUAUAAGUCACACUAGUUGAGAUGAAGUUUUUUUUAGAAGUGGGAUUAUAACACUUAUAACCCUUAUGUGUAGUUGAGUACCUAGCAAAUAUAUAUUUUAUAGAUCGUGGUUCAAGUUUUCCCACUAGGUUCCCUUGAGCAUGAUCAUAGGCAUUACAUCCAAAUAACCUUGGAUGAAGGUGAGUCUUUAGUUUCACAUGAGGAUAGAAUCUACUCAAUAGUUCCAUAGGACUUUGAUAUUCUAGAGUUUUAGCCUAAUAUUUAUAUUCAUAAGAUGAGUACUAGUGAGGACAACUUCACCUUAGUAUUGCCUCGAAACUUGUUGUUGAAACAAAAGAGCUAUAGCUGUAUCUAAUAAGUGUCCAAUUUUUCUCUUAGCCACCCUAUUUUGCUGGGGCGUAUUGAUAUAGGAUGACUCAUGAAUUAUCCUUUUCUGAUCAAAGUAGGAGGACACAGCUGAAUUGAAAUAAUCUCUAGCAUUGUCUGAUCUAAACUUCUUGACAACAGUUCCAAACUUAUUAUAAAUCAUUUCACAAAAUGAUUUCACCACUUGGAUGGCAUCUGAUUUUGAUUUUAGUGGUAAACCCAAGUAAACCUGAUACAGUCAUCAACAAACAAGAUAAAUCACCUACAUCUAAACAAGCUAGUCAUAGGUGAUGGUCCCCAAAUAUCACUAUGUAUGCGAUAUAAAUGGAUUGUACUAUGUUCACCAAUAUUUCUAGAUGAUGAGCAUUUAUGUUUAGCCAAUUGGCAAGCCUCACACACUAGAGUUUUAACAUCAACACCUUCAAACAUAGAAGGAAACCAUGUUUUUAAAAGAUCAAAGGAAGGAUGCCCAACAUGGCAGUCUUGUAACAGUAUAUUAUUCUUUUUGUGUUCCCUGACACCUCCACUCUAAGGUGAUUGUUGUAAAGACAUCAGUGCAUGAUCAUCCUUUUCCCAAUAGAGCAAGCCAUCUCCUUCCUUAACACGUCCAAUCUUCAUCCCUGAGACCUUGUCACAAAAUGAAUAUCCAUCAUCCUUAAGAAUGAAACAUCAAUUAAUAUCUUUAACAAGUUUCUAUAGUGAAAUCAAAUAAGUCUUCAAUUUAGGCACAUGUAAAAUAUUUCUUAAAGUGCCUAAAUGAUCUAUUUUCAAGCUCCUAAUCUCUUCAACCAGUAGAAUCUCACUGUCAGUAGUAAUAAAUUUUCUCUGCCCAUCACAUUUCACAUAAUCAACAACUUUACACAUAUUUGAGGUCAUAUGGUCCAUGGCACCAGAGUCAAGUAUCCAGGACAAUUUAGAAAAACUAUUGAAUGCAUAUGAUUUGAAAAAACUUUAUUCUCACUUGACCAAACCAAGGACGUAGAGCUCAACAUACAUGAGUUUCUCUACUUCCUCCCUCAGUCUUUCAAAUUCAUCACCCUUGUGCUGAUUACUAGGAUUGGGAGGUUCCUUCAUUGCAGAUUGACCUUCUAUAGUCUCUGCUGGUUGCAAAGUAGCCACAUAUGCCCUCCCUUGUUGAGGUGGUCAUCCAUGUAGCUUCCAACAGUUUUCUAUUGUAUGAUGCUUCUUCUUGCAAUAUGAACAUCAAAAGUUCUCUUUGUUAUCCCACUUUUGGUAUCUUCCUUGUGAUGUAAUGUUUGGGUUUUGAUUGCACUCUUUCUGUUCUCAUUGAUUCCCCUGAUUGGGCAAUUCUCUGGAAUGAAUUGACUGAUUUUGCUUGCUGGAGGCAAGGCUGUUGACUCAUUCUUCUCAAUAUUGAUAGACUGAAUCUACUCUCCUCUUCCAUAACAAUCUGAAUAGCUUCAUCUAGCUCAGGCACCUUCUCACGAUGGAGAAUUUGACUCUUGAGGCUUUUAUAAUCAGAGUUCAGUCCCAUUAGCAAUGUAUACAUUCUGUGUUUCAAUGUAUCCACGCACUCCGAGUUGGGAUUCUUUACUGGCCAAUGAUGAUCAAUCUCCCUCCGUAUAGCCUUUAAUUCACACGAAUAUUCCAUAACAUAUUUACUUCCUUGCACUAAAUGUGUUGCCUUCGCCACCAGGUCAUAAAUCCUCUAAUCAUUGUGUUUCUUUGAGCAACUUUUGUGAAUUUAAUCCCACAAUUCCUUCACGGAGUGCAUGAACAUGAUAUUCUCAGACAUCUCUGAUGUCAUUGUACUUAGCAGCGACGUAUGGAUAAUAGCCUCUUUUGAUUUCCAUCCUCUAUAUUUUAGAUCUUAUUGUUUCAAUGGUUCUUCUAUAAGGUGAUUUGUUAAGCCUUUUCUAAGAAGUGUCAGAUCAACAAACUGCUCUCACUGAUGAAGAUUUAUCACAUUGAAUCUAAGUUUCUCUGAGAUAUUUGAAAGAAUAUGAUAUAGUCUCUCUCUUUCUCCAGUCGUCACUGAAAAUGAUGUAAGUUUCAUAGGUGACGAAGAGAUUUCUCCUGAAUGCAUUCUGAAAGUCUUUUUCCUUCGUACUUUCCAUAAUGCCUUAGUUCACUGCUUGCGGAAGGUUUCUUUCUUCCUUGGUGUUGCUCCAAAACAAAAAAAGAAAACAAGAUUCAAGAAACAAGAAACGAGAAGUAUCUGAUCCCACCAGAAUCAACACUGCUCUGAUACCAUGUUGACAAUUGAUCUUGAUUGAGAUUUGUGUAACUUGGAGAAUGAAAGGAGUCGAUCUUGACGAUCCUCCUCUUCCAGGAAGAUGAACCAGUCACCACUUCUUGGAGUAGGGUUUCUGCAAUUCAAAAUGAAUGCAUCAAUUAUCAGGGUUUCAUGCUUAAGUACAUGUUACAUGAGUUAAUGGGCCAGACCCAUUCCAUUAGUCUUCAAGUGGAUCCAUUAACAGUCUAAUGGAUCCAGUUAACAAAAUACAGUGAAAAGAAACAGAUAGAAAUGAAAACAAUUUUAGAAAGUUCAACAGAAACAAUACAACAGGUUGACUAUCAUGUCAUAUAAGGAAAAUUAGAUUAUGGGAACCUAUGUACUACGUAUGUUCAGAAAAUCAGCUAGCUGGUAUUUUCACAAAAGGAUGGCGACAGUUUAUCAUCAGUAACUUCAAGCAAGUUGACUUUGUGAGUCUGUGAUGGAAAAUUAAUGUUGUUGAUUUGGAAGUAAGAAGUUGGUAGCAUAAGACUCAUAUCACAUGUAGUACACUUUUGGUUCUUUCACAAUUCAUGUACAGUUUAUGAUAAGACAUUUUUCUCUGGUGCAGAAACGUCUCUUCUAAAUUUUCAGAAAAUGAAAUUUUGAGGUUAGCAGCCGGAGUUGAGUCUAACACAAUUCAUCCUGUUGGGAAAGCCAUUGUUGAAGCUGCUAAGACUUCUGGUUGCCACAAUGCGAAGGUAUUGUAGUUGUAACAAAUCAUUUCUCGUUUCCCGAAGUCAAAUUAACAUCAUAAUAUCAAAAGAUUUAGCAAAAAAUUAGUUUCUAGAAAGAAGAGUACGCAGAAAGUCCUUGAAAUACAUAUAGAUAAUUUUCCUGACAUUAAUGAUCACCCAUCGUUAAGCCAGGCUGGUUUUGUGUUUCAUUCGUGACCGUUUUGAAAACAUCUUAUGAUGGUAUCUUGAUUUCUUAAAAUUUCAUGAUGUUGGCUGCUUUUGUAAUUUUUAAAUGUCGUAAAUAUAUAUAUUUUAAAAAUUAAUACCUUACAGGAAGGGUUCUGACUUUCACAAGUCAUAUUCUCUAUUCAGUAUUUUAUCACCGAAACUCAUGAGCAUUUCAGCAUUGCCUAAAAGGCUUCCCUUUCCAAGGAAAUAUAAAAUGAUAUUCGUUAAGUCUUGAUCAUAGAAAGAGUUGUGAGAAGUAUAAAUGAAUGAAAUUCGAUUAGUUUUCUUUUCAUUAAUCCUAAAUAUUAUAUAAUAUUUGACGACCAUACAUUAGCUUUGGGCAAUUAUCAAAGGAUGAUUACAACUUGUGACCAAGAAAAAUGACAUUCUUUGUUUAACACCCACAUUGAUUGGAAACUGAUUUUCAUUUGUGAUUUUCCACUCAGGUGGCAGUUCUUUCAAUUGCCAGCAAACCCUGACGACCUCAAUGUCAUCCAGACGCUAAGCAGAUAGGAGCCCUUUUCUAAGUGGAUGUCAUUGUUGAAAAAAUUAAGUGAUCCCACAAUAUAUUUAGCCUUGUGAGCUUGCUGACAUCCUCAAGUAACAAUCGAAACUACAGGAAACUAAAUCAGGAAUAGAUUUCCCGUCUGCUUCAAAUUACAAUCUUAUCCAAGUAUGACAUUUGAUCUUCUCAAUUCAUAAAAAGAAUAUCCCUUCCCUGUUCGCCUAUCCAUUCCAUUUCCAGAAGUUCUUUUAUUUGACAAAUUCUUCCUCACAGAUCCUUAAAAUUCAAUUCCAGCUGAUAGCUGAUUCUAGAUAAUGAAUUAAAUGUUGGGGAUAACUUGGUCACGAAAUGUUCAGUUUAGAGUUCCAAUGAGAAGUGACAUGUCAAGUCUCUGUCAGAUAAUACGGCUUGGAAACAUGGUGUACAUCAAUACGAACAUAAGAAUAAAAUGGUGAUGUAAGAGUUUUGUAUUUUCAUUUUCAAGGCAUCAUCAAAUUAUAGAGAUAAAAGAACUGCAGAGAAGACUUCCUUUCUGUUUCCGAUUUCAUUUCGCCUCUGGAAUUAUUUUUUGUUUGUACUGUGUUCCAUGUUAGUCAAUAAAUUCCUAUCAGUCGAAGAUGAACACCUCCCAGUUUUUAAUGGCUCGCUUUCUGGAAUAUGUUAUUCAGGUUGAAAAUCCCAAAGAAAAUCUCGGCCGUACAUGUGAGCUUUAGCGGUAACUUUUUUCACUAGAGUUCAAAAAUGUUUAAAAAUGAAAUUUUAGUGACACAAACAGCUUCAAUCGUGUUAUGCCUGAUCUUUUAUUGUGGUUUUCUCUUCCUCCUCUUUAGAUACUCUAGGAAUCCAAGCAUUGAGUUAAAGGUUGACUUUUUCCCUUGCUCAGCUUAGUUGCACCAGUCAAUGUUUUCAGUGGUAUGCAUUAGUUCCAAGUCAUUUGAUGUUUUGUCACCUUUGCACUUUUACCAUAGAAGAAAUUAGCUCUUUUGCCCUUGUUUUAAAGAGUUGGCUCCCGUGGAUAGUGGAAUCAUACAACAGGGUAAUCGUAAAUUAGGCCACAAUAACCUGAGAUGUGAUGUCUCCUCUAAUUUCCUAUGUUCAAUCUUCUUUUAUGACAACCUUUCCUAUCCUUCCAAAAAAAAUUUAGCUUUUUUGCAGCUUUAAAAAACUGAGGCAAAUGCCUUAAACUUAUUCCUAAUGCCAAAGACUGCUCAUUAACGUUAGUAUGAAAUUCUUUUAAGAGCCCUGGAAAAGGUGUGACAGGGAGACUGCAUGCCAAUCUCUGACUACUCUUAAAUAAUGGGCCAUUUCAAUUAGAGUGUCACCAACUGAGGGUACAAUUUUACCUCGUCUGGAGACGAUGCAUGACUGGAAUCAAUUGAUUUCAUGUCCAAUCCACUUAUCCUUGAUUGUCAUAUUCUCUUUAAUUUUUGAAAAGAUGAAUUUGAGUUUAGUGUAUUGAAUAUAAUAUGACAGGUGGAUGAAGGAACAUUUCACGAGGAGCCUGGAUCCGGUGUAACAGCCAUUGUGGAGCAGAAACGGGUUACUGUUGGGACUUCGGAGUGGCUCAGAAGGUAGUCCAUUUCUGUACUCUAAUUAUUUGAAGAUCAAUGGAAGUUUUUUUAACAUCCUUCAAUUCCAAGGAAUCAUAUCAUUCAUUUUCAGCUUCAUUUUUGUCAGUGUGCUUCCUCGAUCCUUAAUGAUUGGAGCUAUCUGAUUGGCAAUGAUUUUUUCACGUCAUCUUGAGAAUCAUCAUGAAUAAAGCAAAAAUUGAAAAAGGAUUACAUCGAUUUGUCGAGUUUAUAUCUUUGUUGUAGUGGGAUAAUAUUUGACCUAGUUGCUAGAAAAACUGCAAAUUUCAUAUUUAUGCAUGAAAUUCACUCGCAUUCUUCUGUCUCAAUCUGAAUUCUUGAGUGAUCUUCUGGCUGCAGACAUGGAGUAUAUCAAAAUCCACGUCUGGAUGUAGAAGAACUUGAAAACCAAUCUACUGUUUAUGUUGGAGUUGACGGAAACCUUGCUGGCGUCCUCUACUUUGAAGAUAAGAUAAGAGAAGAUGCUAGGCAAGUAAUCGAAUCUCUAUCCAAGCAGGGAAUAAGCAUAUAUAUGCUUUCAGGAGACAGGAAGAGCACUGCUGAGCAUGUGGCUUCUGUUGUUGGAAUUGACAAGAAUAAGGUGAGAACUCCCCUCAGAUACUGUACAAAGUGUCUUUUGUAUGCAGAUUUCUCUGAUAGAGCUAUCCUAGAUAAUGCCAGAACAUCCCUUCUCGGUAAUUCAUAUAAUGAUUUUAUUAAUGAUAGUGGAAUGAAAUCUUGUGUGCCCGCUACAAGAUUAAGAUAUCUACCUUCUGGCGUAAGGCCGCAUACAUAAUUGCAUAUUUACCACGCAUUUUACAGUGAUCACCGGUAACUCAUGUAUUGUUCUGUGGAGACUGCAUAUCCCAGCAACAACCUCAUCUUGAUUAUAUCACCAGAAAAUUAUAAUUUUUUGGUGGAUUUUCAUCAAACUCCGAUAUUGGCACUUCGGUGCCUCUUCCUAGUUUUCAUGGCGUCAGGGUCAUUUACUGCUAGUAUUCUAAAAUUCUGCAUGUCUUAUCUCAUCACUGUUUCUAGUGAAACCAAACCAAAUAGAAUUUUUUGAAUUUUUUUGCCUUUGACUGACGAAUUCAAUGAUUUGCAAAAGUGAUGAUAAUAAAACUGAAAGAGGUUGAGAUGGGUUAAUACUUGUUAUUUUUGACGGACUCUAAUCUGGUAGACGUAGGGAAAAAAUGGGAUGGGUUGUGUUCGUUUUUAUAACUGAUUCACAACCUAACAGAUUGCAUGAAGUUUUAGUGCUGGAAUUUUAUGCGUCUAAGGUGAGACAAGGAAACUAGCCCGGAGAAAUGGCCCUACAGGAUAUUAUACCUUAAUCAUUAUUAAAGGUUGAUUGAGAAUUCAUUGUUCAAAGGAAUAGCUGCAUCUGGUAGCUAACCCAAAACUGGGAUUCUUUUUUCUGUGGGUAAACUGAGCUGAACACAUAUCUCACAAAUCAUUUGAAUUCACUUAUAUCCAAUGCAAACAAUGCGCAUUGGAUAUGCUGAAAAAAAAUCCCGUCCUUUUAAAGCCAUUAUUUUUUUUAGUUUUAUGCAGUCAUCAUCGAUGCUGUAGUAUAGGAUGAAAAUGAAUUCUGUCACUCUAUGUCAGCCAAUGUCAAAGGGAGAUUGUCAAACAGCUCCCCGUGUUAGGAAGAGAUUUGUAUACAGAUGGUAAUCAACUGUGAUGUUAUUCCGAAUUGGGUUUUUCCUCGGGAGGUUCAAAUAUUACCUCCUGUAGAAUUGGAGAUAAUAACGUCAUUUGUAUAGUCAUCAUCAUCAGCAUCAGCAUUAAAAAUAAGGCCUGUCUCCAUGAACUUGUGUUUAGCUUAUGACCGAGAUGCCUAGAUCUUAAUAACUUUGAAUAAGAUGAGAGGCGUGGUUCCCAGUCAGAAGCCAUGCAUUAGUCUAAUCUUCUGGAUUACGCAACAAAAGGGAGGAGUGGUUCUGCUGGCUCUGAGUAAUCCACGCCUCCCUUUUCUUGUAGUAUGAUUUGAACGGUGCUAACUGGCAAUAGAGGAGAGCCCAGGGAGAAACAACUGGAUGGGAUAAACCUUUAUCCCUACUUUUAUCAUUCAGUAUCUUAGGCAUUAAAGGCUAUCAUUUGAGUAUGCAUCCGAUGCGAAUCUAUCAUUUGGCCUCAUGCGUAUUUACCUCAUAAAGACUAUGCAUCGUUUGUGUGAUGAAAGAAAGUAUUUUUACUCUUAUCGUUUCCGAUCCCAGUUGGUAUGAUGCUGUGCUGCAAUGAUUUUGGUUUCCUGCGCACUAAAUCACAGGUUAUUUCAAGUGUAAAACCCGAUGAAAAGAAGAACUUCAUUAGAGAACUUCGGAGUAGUCAUAAAGUAGUGGCCAUGGUUGGGGAUGGUGUCAAUGAUGCUGCAGCCUUGGCUUCAGCAGGCGUUGGAAUCGCAAUGGGCAGUGGUGUUGGUGCAGCCAGUGAUGUAUCUUCGAUAGUGCUCAUGGGAAACAGGCUAUCACAGGUGAUUACGACUUGACAUAAUGUGAUCUAAAUUUAUCAUCACUUCAAUGUUUAGUAUUCCUCACGUCUGUUGCAUGUAAAGAAAUACUUGAAACUUUUUUGAGUUACUAGCAUGAUCAGCAAUCUGGGUCAAGUUCAAAUUUCUUUGUGACCUCCUAGUCAACUGAUUUUCUCGUAAAGUGUUAUUUUCUUCAUCUUCAGAGAUACUUUCCAAUCGUCAAACACUGUAUCUUUGAUGGGCGGGGGAAUUCCGAUAUUUAAAGCGUUUUUUACUGGAUGGUUCGUUCGAUACUUACAACUACACCUUAAAACCUCAUCUCAGGCACUUCCGACAGGCUUUUAUGCCUAACACCAUCUGAGAAAUAAUGUCUGGUGAAUGUCAAUGCUUGAGUCUGGAUGGUUCAAGAUUUUCCUUAUUCGAAGCCAAAAAAGUAUUUUCAUAUAAAAUUCUUACAGUUCAAUGCUUGGGUGCCAUUUUCUCUUUCCCUGUGAAAGCAUCAAUGGCGGGCUAGUAUAAUGUUGGAAUCGAUGUCAAUAUGUGGAUAUUAAGAGGUUUUUCAGGAUUAUACAUACUGUUCAGACAAUUUUUUGCUUCAUCUUUUUCUUCUUUUAAAUUCGUUUUCAAUCAACGCAAACAUGUGCAGCUGCUUGAGGCUCUGGAACUGAGCAAAUCGACUAUGAAGACAGUGAGGCAGAACCUUUGCUGGGCAUUCGGAUAUAACAUUGUAAGUGGCACCUUCACAAAACCGUCACGUUUCUUAGUUUUUUUUACAUACUUCUGCAGAGUUAAAUUUUAAAAAAUAUAUUAAGAAUUUAUCAAAAAAAUGCACUGAUUGACCAGCGCUGAGUGUCAGUACUUUAGUCAGAUUAUAUAAAGUUUCUCUAGGAAAUAUCGAUUAUUUGUGAAGAUCCUGGACCAGCUUUGAUAACACACGGCAUAUUCUUAUAAUAAAGCAGCAAUUUUUUUCAUUUUAUAUGAGGAAAGGGUAAUCAAGGGCAAACCUACGAAAAUUCAGAUUUCUUUAUGACUCCAACAACAGCAGAGAAAAACCCAGAAAAAUUACUUUUUUCUUUCUUUUUUUUUCUUCCUUUUACACAGGUUGGAAUCCCGGUCGCUGCCGGGGUGUUGUUGCCGCUGACCGGUACCAUUCUCACUCCAUCCAUCGCCGGGGCUCUGAUGGGCUUGAGCUCCGUGGGAGUGAUGGCGAACUCACUGCUUCUUCGAUUCAGAUUGGGAUCCAAACGGAAACCCAGCCACCAAAUCCGGCCACAUAUGGAAUCCGAAUCUCCCUCCGGUGCUGAGGAACUGGCCGAGCCUCAAACGCCGAGAUGGAAGAAGACUUGA